AUGACAAGCUUGAAAUCAUCCACCAAUGCAUCGUCAUCCUCAUUGCCAUUUCAUUCAUUUCCGAUCGAGCUGGUGUGCUCUGUUUUGGACUUUCUCACUCUCGAUCUCUCACAUUAUUGCUAUGGAUACUGUUGUAUGAUUGCAAAUUUGAAAUUCUCAUCAUCCCAAGGUUCUAAAUUGUACAAUUCCACAAUCUCGGAUCGGUAUCAUCCAAUCAAGACUUUUGAAAUACAAAAUGAAUGCAAUGAAAUUACUUCUCCUGAUGCGUUGGAGUAUUUUCUCGGAAAUUUAUAUUCAUCGAUUCUUUCAUUGAAUAAGAGCUCGGGAUCAUCAUCACGAACGAGUAGCAAAAUAAGAUCGAGUUGGCGAGGCUUGUCAUCUUUUUUCAUGCGUAUUCUAUUUGGAUAUAAAAGAGGAAAUUCGAGAGGAAAUAUUAUGUUGUUGUGGCCAAACAUUAAAUUGAGUGGAUUGAGGGAUUGGCCUUAUUUUGUGGAUAUGAGUAAAGAGGCCACAAGUAUCAUGUACAAUGAAGAAGAACACAUCUGUCAAGAAUUUUUGUAUAGAAUUAUUCCACAUGUAUCACGAGUGCGAAGUCUUGUGCUAAAUUGUAAAAUAGAGAGCUCUGUUAAUUUUCUAAAUGAAUAUUUACAGUUUCAUUCAAGAAAUGAUUUUACUAAUACGAAAGGAUUGUCACACACUUUGGAGAAAAUUGAUUUUUCACCAUUUUCUAGUACGAUCAAAAAGAAAUACAAAUUCUUUGGGGAACGAAUGGUAAAAUCUAGCCAAUUAUUUCAUAGAAAGGAAUGCCAAAAUGAAUCGACAGAGCAGAAUUUUGCAUCUUUUGUAAGAUCAGGAUUUAACCGACUUUUGAUAUCUAUUUAUGCUCCAUCUCGAAAUCAUAUCUUUACCUUAUCUAGCUCACUAAUUGAAAUGCCUCAUUUACGAUAUAUUGACUUGUCAGGACUUUCCUUUCAAGUUCAAGGGAAAACUAACAACUCGCUCGAGCAGUAUGUUAACGAUACUGUUCAUUGGUUUAGAAAUCUAUUUUCUAAAACACCUAAUUUACAAGUAUUUAAACUUAACUAUAUUUAUGGAAACAAUGAAUCGAACCUUGCUGUGGAUGAAGUGACUCCACAGGAGAAAACCCUGCUUGAAUCUAUUAUCAACUGUAUUUGUGAGUCAAAACUAGCACACAUGAAAGAACUCUCUAUGAAUGGAUGUGGAUUAUCAAACAAAGGAUUCAUAUCUAUUCUUAAACAUUUACGCCUCAAGAAAUUGUCUUUGAAAUACAACAGUGGCAUAACCUUGGAUGAUCCUUUUUAUUCAGAUUCAAGAAAUGCUAACAAACAUCUGGAACACUUGGAUUUAUCUUAUUGUGAAUUAGGAUAUUUUUCAGGAUUUUUGGAUUUAUUGAGCAAGAUAUUACCAUCCAUCAAAACUUUGAAAAUUGCAGGACAUAAUGACAUGUCUUUAUAUACAAGGACUCUUAACGCCCUACUACAAACCAUGUCUUUGGAAUAUUUAGAUCUUCGAAACUCACCAAUGAUACAAGAUGAGGGACUAAAAUUGUCAAACAAAACAAGAAAACUGAGACUUAAAUCUUCCAAAAUGGAGAGCUCCGCUAUUCAUGUCAUUUCCUCCACCUUCUUUAAUGUUACCUUUUUAGAGAUUAUUAACUAUUCACUGUCCGUUACACAAAUAGACCAAAUAUUUGAUGCGUGCAAAAUGAAAUUGAAAGUUUUGAGAUUACCUGCUUCUAACCUUACCAAUGAGCACGCCUAUUGCAUUGCACGUCAUUUAACAAAUGCCACUGAGAGACGUGGUGAUGGAUUGACUGAAUUGGAUCUUUCGAGGAAUAAUAUCAAAGAUGGAGGUUUUAAUGCAUUGUGGCAAGCUUUACCAAAUUUGAACAUUUUCAAACUUGGAGGAAAUCCAGAUGUUUCCAACAAUUCUUUCAAAAACGUUGCCAUUCCUUUCAACUUACACACACUUGAAUUGGCUUGUACCAAAAUUGGAGACAAUACUGCAUGUGAAUGGCUAUUCAAGAGUGUAUCUGGAGAAAAGAGGAACAAAUGCAAACUUACUGCCUUAGACGCCCAUAAUACAAUGUUCGGUGAUUCCCUAAUUGAUUACGUAAAGAAAGAAACUUCUCUGCGGUAUUUAGAUGUAUCAGGGUCGCUUCUUUCGAAAGAAGCCAAAGAAGUGUUGAGGUCAUCUUGCUUGUGGAUUUCAGAAAUUAUUGUAUAG